AUGGACAGUGAUGGGUUCGUUGAGGAUGCGCAAGAACUGAAGUUGUGGCCAAAUAGGAUUGAGUUGGCCUUCAUCCAACUGAUGGUCGAGGAGGUGAAGCAAGACCCCUCAUUAAACAAAAAAAACUCUUUUACCACAAGGCAUUGGACUCGAAUUGACGACGAGCUAUACAGUCAGUUCAAAGUUAGGUACACAAUUAACCGAUUAAAACAAAAGUACCACCGCAUCAAGCAAGCGUACAAUACAUUUGUGAAAUUGAAAAACCAUACGGGGUUCGGUUGGGAUGAGCAGAGGAAAACGGUCAUGGCCCCGGAUGAUGUCUGGGAUCACUAUGUGAAGGCACAUCCCGGAGCAAAAGUGUUCAGGAAAAAGGGUCUAGACCACAUAGACUUGUUAGACGUCCUCUUUGCCAACUCCCAAUCCACUGGCGCACUUGCUCGUGCUUCAACCCAAGGACCCCCAACCUCUGAUGAAGAAAGGGAUAUCCAAAGUGCAUUCUUUGGUGUUGGAAUCAACUCAAAUACCGAUUCCAUCCCUAUUGAUGACGACAUGGACGGAGAUGAUGACCCGAAGGUAGGUGGGAGUAGUGGCAACGAUGGUGGGCGAAAGGGUGCACACUUUGAUUUCGCACUUGAUACAUGGACUGCCACAAACCUUGCCAAAAAAGAAUUUUUUGCUUGCCAAAACAAAAUGGCUAAAGUGAGCCAGGCUGAGAAAAAACAAAACUCCAUUGUAGCAUGUAUCCAAUGUUUGGCAACAAUGGACGAAAUCACUCCCGACCAAUACGUGAAGGCGUGUGAGAGUUUCCGCGAUAAAGCAACGAGGAAAAUGUUCAUGUUGAUGCUACCCAACAUGCAGCUGCAUUGGGUUCGUAAGCUUGCUUAG